GACGCCCAGGACGCCAGAUCCCGUGACCGUCCGCCAGCCCGCAGCCGACAUGCAGUCCCCGGCGGUGCUCCGCACCUCCAGACAAGUUCAGAAUGCGCACACAGGCCUCGACCUGACUGUCCCACAGCACCAGGAGGUGCGGGGUAAGAUGAUGUCCGGCCAUGUGGAGUACCAGAUCCUGGUGGUGACGCGGUUAGCUGUGUUCAAGUCAGCCAAGCACCGGCCCGAAGAUGUCGUCCAGUUCUUGGUCUCUAAAAAAUACAGCGAGAUCGAGGAGUUUUACCAGAAGCUGUACAGUUGUUACCCAGCAGCCAACCUGCCCCCGCUACCUAGGAAGGUCCUGUUUGUCGGGGAGUCUGACAUCCGGGAGAGGCGAGCCAUGUUUGAUGAGAUCCUACGCUGUGUCUCCAAGGAUGCCCAGUUGGCAGGCAGCCCAGAGCUGCUAGAAUUCUUAGGCACCAGAGCCCCAGGGGCUACAGGCCUUGCCACCCGAGAUCCCUCUGUGUUGGAUGACACAGCCAGCCAGCCAGGGGACAGUGAUGAGGCUUUUGACUUCUUUGAGCAGCAGGAUGAAGUGCAGCCACCCACAUUGGGCCUGAGCAGCAAGGAUGUGGAGAAGUCCUUGGUGGAAGAGGAGGAGGAGGAAGAGGAGGAGGAAGAGGUGCUGGAUCCCCUGGGAAUCAUGCGCUCCAAGAAACCCAAGAAACGCCCAGAAGUGGCUGUGAGGCCCAAGCCUGCACCUCGGCUCACCAUCUUUGAUGAGGAGGUAGACCCUGACGCAGGGCUCUUCAGCUCAGACAAGAAGGUGUCUGAGACCCGGAGACCUCUGGAGACCACACAGGACUCCCUGAAGCUGUUUGAUGACCCUGACCUUGGCGGGGCUGUCUCCCUGGGUGACCCUCUACUGCUGCCUGCUGCCAGUGAAAGCAGAGGACCCACAUCCCGCCCAGAACACGGGGAUGCCUCCAAGGAGCUGUUCAGAGUUGAAGAGGACCUGGACCAGAUUCUGAACCUGGGAUCUGAACCAAAACCCAAGCCCCAGACUAAGCCCAAGCCUCUAGUCCCAGCUAAGCCAGCAUUGCCCAGGAAACCCACUCUGCCCGCAUCAGUGGGCCCAUCAGAAACUGGGUCUGGACCACAGAAGCAGCAACAGAUCCAAGCUAUGGAUGAAAUGGACAUCUUGCAGUAUAUCCGGGACCAUGACACACUUGCCCAAGACUCCCCCAGCCUCUUCUGACUUCCCCACAAGCCUGCCCUUCACCCUGUGCUGGGCCUGGGCAGGAGGCCUGUAUGUGACUGUGUGGGCUCUGCUUGCCAGGCAGAGACUCCCCAGCCCCAGCCCCACAUCCUUCUUUUCUCUUGGGCUAUGGGAUGGACAAGGACUCUGCAGAAUGUAGAGCUGGGAACACCACAGGAAUCAAGCCGUAUCAUCUCCACCCAGCGGGCUAUGGAAAAGAGGGUAUUUGUGGGCAUGUCUUGAGAUCAGAGGACAGUGCCCCCGCCAAGGGAAAGGACAUCUUCAUACUUGUGCCCACUGGCUCUGCCAGCUCAGCAUGGGAAGGAGAGCUUAUCCUGAGCCUAGGCUGGGCUAAAGGAGAACAUGGGGCAGGCCACUCUGAACUCUCUACUUAGCAUGGCUGCUAGGGCCCCCAAGGUGUGUUCUGAGGAGAAAGCCCAGCUCUCCAGGCUGCCCUGACCCAAGUCCCUUCUCAGUCUCUUCUGGCUUCCAAUGCUAAGAAGAAAACGUAGUCCCAGCCUUGCCUUUCUAGUGCACGGAGGGCUUCCAGGACCCCAAGCCUUCUACUCCCUUUCCCAUGAGAGGGCCUGGCCAGCCCAUGGCCCUUGGAUGUGGCUUUCAACAAAGUAGGUCUUAGCAUCUCCCAGAGUUUAGCCCAUGGGGUUUGAGGCUCUGAGGCCUUGUCUUCCCUCAGAUCUGAACUUGCUCAUCAGCCUUUCUCCGGUGGAGCCACAGCCAAGCGAGAAGGAGCUGUGCCCCAGAGCAACCCUGUGCCUUCCAGUAGAUGGUGUUUUGUGGAGCAUAGAACGUUAGAAUGUAUUCUGUGUGUCAGGAACUUUUUUUUUUUAAUGAAACACACUUUUUUUUUUUUUUAAACGAAAUGCAGCCACUUUGUUCCUUGGGUGAGUUGUGCUUCACAGAGGCAUUAGAAGGGCCCAGUUGGGCCCAAGAGUCACUUUCAGGAGCCCCUGAGUGGCACAGCUCAAUUGUUUGUUGCCUUCAGUAUCUUGGGUCCCCAGCUCCUACUCUGUAGUAAGACCUACAGGAUCAGGCUAGGAGUAUCAAGUCUGACCGGCCUUUCAUCUCACUGUGUCCCUUGUCGCUUGCCUAGUUCUGAGCAGGCCCCUGUCCAGGCUGUUCUAUGUAAGGACCAGAUACUCUGCUUUCCUAGGUUAAGGGUGUCCCCAGAGCUGAGGACUGACUCUAGACAGCCUCCACCCCAACUCUACUUCCCUUUCACCAGCAGGCCUUCACCCCCUCCAUCUCUUGGUGCCCAGAACUCAGCUCAGUGCCCAGAAGCCCCUUCCUGUCUGACUGCAGAGGAAGGUUCACAUGGCCUAGUCUUGUGUAGAGCCACCCUACUGUGUUCCCUGGGCAUCUUUGAACCCUAGUCCCUUUAUAUCCAUUCCUGUGUGCCUUGGCUACCAGCUCUCUACCUCUUUCAUACACACCUUGCACCUGCUUUGGGUGACAGAUGACAUAGGAGCCAAUGGGUGUGUAGGAGCUUGGAUGACCAUGGACUGAUCCCCACGUGGGGUCCCGAACAGUGUCUGACCUGACCUACCACUCUCUAGUGUGGCUUUGCCCACUAGUGGGGACUUGUCUGCUGUGGAGCUUUUGGGACACCCUGGCAUGGUUGUUUGCCCCACAGAUAGCAUUUUUCCAAUCAUGACUUGUUUUGAUCACUGGUCUGUGACCUCAGCCAGUCUGUCUCCCAGUUAUCCAGUCUGUCUCCCAGUUAUCCAGUAAAGUCUGUGUGUGAUAAAGCCAGAA